UUGCAUAAAAAAAUUACAAAAUAAAAUAUGAAAAGAAUAUGUUUUUAUCAAAUGCUACAUAAAAAUAUGCAAACAAAUAAUAGAAAUCACUCUAAAUAGGACUAAAACAUAUAGAAAAAAACAAAAAUAAGACUUUCAUGUUUUUUUCCCGAAAUAGAACUUAGCACUGUGAUAAUGUGACUUUGCAUUGUGGUAAUGUAAGUCCUAUUUCGAGAAAAAAAUAUGGAAGUCCUAUUUUGGUAUAUUUUCAAUGUUUUAGUCCUACUUUGGUCUUUCUCCCAACAAAUAAACAUUAUACUGUAUUUAGAAUGACAAACACGUGGCAGCCAUACAAGACUACAAGCUUGCCAGCUGGCGACGAAAUAGUCCAAGUGGGGGCGGUGAAUGUGGCCAUAAAAAGUGAAGAAAAAGUUUGAUAAAUUUGUACACUUCACCGGUCAGUCGGGCUGCGUCUGAUCCCACUCUUUGCCAGAAUCAAUCAGUAGCGACUAGAGAGCAAUAGUAAAAGAUGCAGUCGGGGAUGACGCAUGGUCUCCUUCCCCCCAAUUUCAACCGUCCCUUCUUCAAUCAUCAUCCAUCUACCACAUCUUCGCUAUUGGGUCUGAAGUGGAGUAGAAAAGCUUCGUCGGAAAAUUCAGGCCGGAGGUUUCUCAGGAAGUCAGCUGAACUUCACAGUCAUACAGAGGUCAUUGCAUUUGCUCGUCGUGGAGCUGAAGAACCUCGUUUGAUCGAGGAAGAAGCUCUGGAAAUGCUGGAAACUAUACCAUCACUCAGUGUUUCCCAGGGUGUAGCUCAUCCAUUAGGAGUAUCAGAAAUUGAAAACGGGAUUAACUUUGCAAUUUUUUCUCAGCAUUCUUCUGGAGUUACUCUUUGUCUAAUCCUUCCCGAGAGGACACUACAGGACAACCUUGAUUCUGGGACCUAUGAACUGGCAUUGGAUCCCCAGAUGAACCGAACUGGGGAUAUAUGGCACAUAUGUGUUGAGGAUCUUCCCCGUAGUGGAGUACAGUAUGGAUAUCGUAUUGAUGGUCCUCGGAGCUGGAAUGAGGGACAUCGAUUUGACUAUAAAAAUGUUUUAAUAGAUCCCUAUGCAAAACUUAUUGAAGGCCGUCGGCUGUUUGGAGAUGUUAGCAAUAGGAUGUGCACAUUUUAUGGAACUUAUGAUUUUGAUAGCUUGCCUUUUGACUGGGGUGACAACUAUAAGCUUCCAAAUAUCCCUGAGAAAGAUCUUGUGAUAUAUGAGAUGAAUGUCCGUGCUUUUACAGCCGAUGAAUCAAGUGACGUGGAUCCAGACAUCAGGGGGAGCUACCUUGGUGUGAUUGAAAAGAUUCCACAUCUUUUAGAGCUUGGCAUCAAUGCAGUUGAAUUACUGCCUAUUUUUGAGUUUGAUGAAUUGGAAUUCCAAAGGAGACCAAAUCCUAGAGACCAUAUGAUCAACACGUGGGGUUAUUCUACAAUUAAUUUUUUUGCUCCUAUGAGUCGCUAUGCAAGUGCUUCUGGGGGUCCUGUUAAUGCUUCUAGGGAGCUUAAAGAAAUGGUCAAGGCCUUGCAUGGUGCUGGGAUAGAGGUCAUUUUAGAUGUUGUCUACAACCAUACAAAUGAAGCUGAUGAUGAGAAUCCAUACACAACAUCAUUUCGAGGCAUUGACAACAAGGUUUAUUACAUGGUGGAUUUAAACAACAAUUCCCAGUUGUUGAACUACUCUGGAUGUGGAAACACAUUGAAUUGUAACCACCCUGUUGUGAUGGAGCUUAUACUUGAUAGCUUGAGGCACUGGUAUCUUUUUAUUCUAAUGCGUUGCAUUGUAGACAUGCACAUGCUCAUUGGGCCAUGCGUCUCCAAUUGUGUUCUUACCAAUCUUUAGAAAUGAUGAAUUGUAUGAGAGACCUGCUGUUUUUGUUGAGCGUGUGUGCAUGCAUCUGUUUGCUGUUUUUUCCAAUUCGAUACCAAUUAAAAGAACUGUUUUCUUUCAGAUACAGCUUACAUGGCUAUGCAUAAUCCAUGCCUUUUGUCAUUUUCUGUUUUGUUUUUUUGUUUUAAUUAAGAAAACUAUAUGUAUAGCAUUUUGGUUAUAUUUGUUAUAAUCCUUGAGUCUCUGAACAAAUUGAAGGGUCACUGAAUAUCAUGUAGAUGGAUUUCGGUUUGAUCUUGCCAGUGUUCUUUGUCGAGGAAUAGACGGAACUCCACUUGAUGCUCCCCCGAUUAUCAGGGCCAUUGCUAAAGAUAGUGUCUUAUCUAGGUGCAAGAUAAUUGCUGAACCAUGGGAUUGUGGAGGCCUUUAUCUUGUUGGAAAGUUUCCUAACUGGGAUCGGUGGGCAGAGUGGAAUGGUAUUUAUCGUGAUGAUAUAAGAAGAUUUAUAAAGGGUGAUGCUGGCAUGAAAGGAAGCUUUGCAACUAGAGUUUCAGGCUCUGCUGACCUUUUUAAGGUUAACAAGCGAAAGCCAUACCAUGGUAUCAACUUUGUCAUUGCACAUGAUGGCUUUACACUGUAUGACCUUGUGUCAUACAAUAAUAAGCACAAUGAUGCCAAUGGGGAAGGUGGCAAUGAUGGAAGUAAUGAUAAUUUUAGUUGGAAUUGUGGAGUUGAAGGAGAAACAUCUGAUACCAAUAUAAAGGCGAUUCGUUCAAGACAAAUGAAAAAUUUCCACCUUGCGCUGAUGAUAUCCCAGGGGACUCCAAUGAUGCUAAUGGGGGAUGAGUAUGGUCAUACCCGGUAUGGAAAUAACAACAGCUACGGACAUGAUACAUCCAUUAAUCAUUUCCAAUGGAGUCAGUUGGAAGCAAGGAAGGAUGAUCACUUCCGAUUCUUCUCAGAGCUGAUAAGGUAUCGCCUGAGCCGUCAACAUUUUAGAAGAGAGAAUUUUAUUGGCAAAAAGGAUGUGACAUGGCAUGAAGAUAAUUGGGACAAUCCUGACAGUAAAUUCCUUGCAUUUACGCUCCAUGAAGGAAACAGAGGAGACAUAUAUUUGGCAUUCAAUGCGCAUCACUACUCUGUUAUAGCGACAUUACCUUCACCGCCAAAUAACAAACAGUGGUACAGAGUGGUGAGUGUUUAUCUUCUUCCACCUUUAUGAUUUCAUUUUUCAAAUGCUUUGUUUGUGCUCGCUCCGACCCAAUUAUUCUCCCUUUUUCUAUUUCAAGAAAAAAGAUGGUGGUAC